UAUUAGUUGUAUAUAGAUGUAAUGUUUUCAACUUAUCCAAACCAUACAAGAUAAAAUAUGAAUUUCCUUGAUGAGUUAACCAAAUCAAGUGAGAAGCCGAAGAGUGAACCUAUUAAAAAAGAAGAACCUGCACCAAAAAAGGAAAAACCUGAAGGGGGUGUUGCUUGGGGCUAUGACUUGUAUCCAGAGCGCAGGAAAGAAAGCGAGUCUAGAUUCGCAAAUUUAAUGCAUGGGCGAGACAAUCUCGAAAAAAUCCGAUGCGAAAGAAACGUUUACAAAUGCAUCAAAACUUCGCCUCUGGUGAAGCUAAUGAUGGGUGCUUUGAAAAGCUCGGGUUGUCCUAUGGAUAUUCGGAGACACAUAGCUUGUGAAGAAUGCCAUCCAAGCGUUAGCGGAGGAUACGAUCCGGUGCUGAAUCAGAUAGUUGUCUGCCAAAAUAUGGCAACGAACGAAGGUCUCGUGCAAGGAGUGUUAACGCACGAAAUGAUCCACAUGUUUGAUUACUGCAGAAACGAUCUGAACUUCAAGAACAUUGAUCAUUUGGCUUGCACGGAAAUUCGCGCUGCAAAUUUGGCCCAUUGCAGUUUCGUAUCGGCGUGGAUGCAAGGCGACACAUCAUUCUUCAAUUUCAAAGAAUCCCAUCAGAACUGCGUGAAAUCUAAAGCUCUAAAGUCCGUUUUGUCCGUAAGAACUGUCAGCACGGAGGAAGCCAUAGAAGCAGUGGAAAGGGUAUUCCCUAAAUGCUAUAAAGAUUUAGAACCCAUUGGAAGACGCAUCAAAAGGAACUCGAACGAUAUGUACAUGGCAUAUGCUGAAGGAUAUUUAUAUGGUUAUGAUAAUUAACACUGCAUUUUGUAUAUAAUAAUUUGUACAAACAUUA